CUCUCCCUUCUCUCUUGCUUCUGCUUCCUUCUCCGGCGCUGCGUAUAUUUUGCUCGGAAGCCUUUGAGCUUCCGAGGUUUUGAUGCUUGAGCCGCUGGGCUCCCCAGCCACUCAAGCAUGCUGGAGCCGGUCUGUGCUCCAUCCUCCGAUGACCCUUCGGGGUUAUUCGGUUUCCUCCGAUGAUCCUUCGGGGUCUGUCGGUUUCUGGGUCCCUUUCCGGUGACCCCUUUUGGUUUUUCUGUUUUCUGUUUGUUUGUGUUGUGUUGUGUUCUUGUACAGGUUGUUUUUACAAGCCCGGCGACCCUCGACUCUUUCCGGUGUCGGGGCUCGUUGGUUGUCCAGAUCUGGCCAUCGCCGGUCUGGAUCCCUGCCGCGGUGUCCUGGAGAUUUCAUGCCAUCCUCUCCCGAGUAGAUUGAAGGGUGUCCCAUUGUUGGAUCUGCCGGCCACAGGUUGCGCGAGUGUCUUCACCUCCCUUCAUCCACUGCACUGGGUCUACUCUGCCUUGCUUCUCCACUGUGUUCUUUCUUUGUAUGAAAUCUUAUCCCUUUGGAUAAGACCUUGCUGUAGAUGCCGUAUGGCAGUUCUUAAUGCAUUGCUUCCCUUGCGAAAAGGAAACAACAGAAGUUACUCAACAAGAACAAUCAUCAUUUCCGUAAGUGGAAGUGCUUUAAUUGUUGGCGUUCUGUUGCUUGUGCAUUGCAUAAUUUUAAGACAAAGAAAGGCAAAGGAAACUAUUGAAAGUGAAGAUGAAAUGAUUAAGUGGCAGUGUAGGCAAUAUGACUUUGCCACCGUUCAAGCAGCAACUAAUAACUUCAGUGAAGAAAACAAGCUUGGGCAAGGAGGAUUCGGAACAGUUUACAAGGGCCGACUUCCGAAUAUUGAACAAGAUGUAGCUGUAAAAAGGCUCUCUGGUAAUUCUAGACAAGGAGACACAGAAUUUAUGAAUGAAGUUCUUUUACUGGUCAAGCUCUAUCACCGUAAUUUGGUUAAAUUCCUUGGUUUCUGCUUGGAAGGAAUGGAAAGAAUUCUCAUCUAUGAAUUUUUGCCAAAUUCUAGCCUUGAUCAAUUCAUAUUUGGUAGGCAGUACCAAGCCCAGAUUCGCGGCCUCAAUGCAUACGACCGCCACAAAAAGUUCUUGAACGAUUACGUUGCCUUUUAUGGGAAAGACAAAUCUCAACAUGUAAAGUUGCCUGUUAAAACUGAUCAGGACACCCUUAGAGAGGGAUAUCGGUUCAUACGUUCAGAGGAAGAUGAUCAAAAUCCAGCCUGGGAGCAAAGGCUGGUGAAGCGCUAUUAUGACAAGCUUUUUAAAGAAUACUGCAUAGCAGACAUGUCACAAUAUAAAAGUGGCAAGAUUGGUUUAAGGUGGAGGACAGAGAAGGAAGUCAUAUCUGGUAAAGGUAAAAAUUCCAUCUCGUCUUUGACUGAUUUAAUUAAGAUAUUCUCUCAAAAAUUCUGAAUUUUUGGGUAUUAUGUAUAACUUUUUCUGUGAAUGAGAGAGGGAGAGAGAAACAGAAAGAGAGAGAGACAGGGGGAGCAAAAAUGAACCAAUCUCUAUGACCUUCGCCUUCUCAAAAUCCAAUCUUUAGGGUUUUGAUCCGUUGUUUUGCACCCUAUACAUAAGGUGACAAUAAUGCCAGCAAAACCUGCAAAUGGUGAUCAGCAGUUAGUUCGUGGUGCUCGAACUGUGUUGCAGUCAACUGCCUACUCUGAGCCCUGGUGGCGUGGAGUUGGGACUAAUGCUACCUUAGGUGAAGCUGCUUCAAAAUCAACUUCAGUUGAACAACCUCAUGGUGCAGUUGCAACUGGAGCUUCCCAUUUGCAAUCUAAUGCAGGUAAUUCCUUUAUAACAAAUCAUAUUGCUCUAG